CUUUACCCCGAACUUCACGGCUACGACUACGACCACCACCGACUCUCCAGCGAACGCUACUACGACCCGAACAUGAGCUUCAUCAAGCAGCUGGCGGAUUUGGUGGAGAAAGUCCCUGAGGGCCUGGGGCAUGCACGAGACGAGGUUGUCGGCCUUCUCAAUCCUAACCGGCGCCACGACGACCCCGAAGAGAUUCGCCGAGACGAAAUUAGGGCUCAAAUCAACGCGUCCCACCGCUUCAACUCAUUCGCGACUGAAAGGACGGAGAACACAGUGAAAUGGCACAUUGAUGGGCACGAUUACAUGUGGGCGGUCUCUGAGAUGCUUGACAGCGCGAAGGAGUGCAUCUUCAUCCAGGACUGGUGGCUCACUCCUGAGCUCUAUUUGCGCCGACCCCCGGCCCAGUACCCCGAAUGGCGACUCGACAAACUUCUUCAGCGCAAAGCCCAGGAAGGCGUCAAGGUCCAUGUUAUCGUUUACAAAGAAGUUACGCAGACAAUGUCGAUGAGCUCCAAGCAUACCAAAAGCACGCUCGAUGCCCUCCACCCCAACGUCGUCUGUCUCCGCCAUCCGGACCACAUCGGGUCCAAAGACACCGUCGAGUUCUGGUCCCACCACGAGAAAGUUGUCGUUGUCGACAACCACUAUGCCUGCAUCGGCGGACUUGACCUGUGCUUUGGCCGCUGGGACACCCAUACUCACCCACUUGCCGAUGUCCAUCCAACGGACUUCUCCCUCACGCUCUUCCCCGGCCAGGACUACAAUAACGCACGAGUUAUGGACUUCAAAGACGUCUUCAACUAUGCCAGUAAUACGCUUUCAAGCUUGGAGACAGCGCGUAUGCCAUGGCAUGACGUUCACAUGACGCUGACUGGCCCCGUCGUCCUCGAUAUCGUCCAGCACUUCACUGAACGUUGGAAUGAGAUCAAGAAGCGCAAAUAUCAGGACCAGGCAAACGUCGUAUAUCUGGCCCUCCCUCAUAACGUGCAUUUUGCGCCAAACGAAGCGGUCGCCCAGCAUCCAGAGCGCGAAACAUGGCACCAACUUGGGCAUCGCUAUAAACAGCGUUGGAUGGGGUUGCCUGACGACGAGCAGAAGGCACAGAAUUUGCGCUACGCCCCAAGGCGGGCACCGGGAAUGAAGGUGCAAGUUGUGCGGAGCGUGAGCGACUGGAGCCAUGGAGUUUUGACGGAACGCAGUAUCCAGAAUGCUUAUCGCCAGCUUAUCCAGGAGGCUGAACAUUUCAUCUAUAUUGAGAAUCAAUUCUUCAUCUCCACUACCUACGACAAGGACGAAGUCAAAAACCAAAUUGCAGGGGCCCUAGUCGAGCGCAUCAUUCGAGCCGCCAAAGCCGGGCAAAAGUUCCAAGUCAUCGUCGUAAUUCCCGAAGUCCCAGGGUUCUCCGGUAACCUCAAGGACGAAGGCUCACUGAAGAUCAUCAUGGCUGCCCAGUAUCGCACGAUCAACCGCGGCGGACACAGUAUCUACGAGGAAAUUCGCAAGGCGGGCUAUGAGCCUAUGGACUAUAUCCGUUUCUACCAUCUUCGCUCCUAUGACCGCAUCAACGCGCCGCUCUCGACCUAUAUCCAGAAAAUCGAGGCGGAAGGUGGUGUUAAAUACCACGAAGCCCUCGUCGCUCUUGCUCGCAAGUGGAUUGGGCGUGAAGGCGGAGACCAGAAGACCGUCACGUAUACCUUGCCUGUCCCGACGAAGGAGGGCAUUGUGGUUACCGACACCAAGACCCCUCCCAAGACGGAGACGGUUCCGAUCCCCGAAAGCGAAUCUGAGGCACACCACAUUCUCGAGAAGUUCGAACGGGCGGCGAAACGGGUGAGAGGGGACAAUGAUGUUGCGGACAAUGUUGCGCAGCAUAUGUUGCAUGAUCGCACGAGCUUGUUGGAAGAGAAGUGGUUGGGGACGGAGCAAGAGGAGCUCGAUGCCUACGUUUCGGAGCUGCUUUACAUCCACACCAAGUUAAUGAUUGUCGACGACCGUCGUGUUAUCAUGGGGUCAGCGAAUAUCAACGACCGCAGCCAGAAAGGCGACGGCGACUCGGAGAUCGCACUGGUGGUUGAGGACGCGGACAUGGUUGAUGCUACCAUGAACGGUCAGCCGUACCCUGUUGCGCGUUUCGCUGCCUCGCUUCGGCGCAAGUUGUUCCGCGAACAUUUGGGCCUCAUUCCGCCUCAGCAGGCCACCAAGAACGAGCAGCGGCCGACUGACUUCAUGCGUCCUGCGCCUCAUCCAAACCCGGACGAGAUGAACCUCAAGCACGAUGCCCUCGUCGCAGACCCGCUUUCUGUGGAGAUGUUGACCUUGUGGAACGACACGGCGAAGAAGAACCGCGAGAUCUUCACGGAGGUGUUCCGUCCAGUACCAACCAACCUUGUGCGGGACUGGAAGGCAUAUGAUAGCUACGUGCCGAAAGUUAAGACUGGCCAUGUCGUCCCCGGAAUCCCGCUCGACCGUGUGAAGAAGCAGCUUGCGCAGGUGCGGGGCGCGCUCGUCGAAGCCCCAUUGGAUUUCCUAAUCGACGACAAAGAUUUCGUUGAUGGGAAGGAAUGGAAAGGGCUCAACCCGACGCUGCCUAUUUAUAUCUAA